AUAUGGAAAGUUGAUGACACUAUUUUAUGUUUUUAGUUCUAUUCACGUGCGGGUUUUUUUCUGCUUUUUUUAAACAAUAUUUAAUGAGCUUUUGUUGUAGUUCUUAAAUAGUAAUGGAAUCUAAAUACGCGUUACCCAAUAAACCUCCGUCAAAAUUUUGCGAUGCAUAUAAUGGUAUGUUUCCUCUCAAAAGAAAACUGCAGAAUUCAAGAAAUGCGGGAAUACAAGAGAAUGUUGGCGCAAAAGUAACAAAAUUGGAGUGGGUCUUUAAGAAUAACAAUCGCAUAGGAGAUAAUGUUACAGGAGAUAAUGAAACAGAAAAUCAUCUCCAGAAUGUGCAGAGCAGUUUACCCGUGAAAUUGUCGCCCAAAAGCCGAAUUGAAGAACAACGUCAAGCAUUGCCUGUAGCAAGAGUUCGAAAAAACUUAAUGCAAGAAGUCUACAGAUCGGACACUUUGUUAAUUAUGGGUGAGACGGGAUCGGGAAAAACGACACAAAUACCUCAGUUUCUUUUGGCAAGCGGUUACGGCAACAAAGGUGUAAUUGCUGUCACCCAACCACGACGUGUAGCUGCUAUAACAGUUGCAAGACGGGUUUCACAAGAGCAACAUUGCCAAUUAGGCGAUGUGGUUGGUUACACCGUUCGUUUCGAAGAUUGCACCUCACCAAAAACACGUAUACGUUUUAUGACUGAUGGAUUUCUCUUACGAGAAGCUCUAGCCGACCGUAUGUUACGUAAUUAUUCAGUCAUUAUGUUGGAUGAAGCUCAUGAGCGCACGAUAAGUACGGAUGUGUUAUUCGGCGUGGUGAAGGAAGCUCAACAAGAACGCCGACUGAGAAGUCUGACCCCAUUGAAAGUGAUAAUCACAUCUGCAACUAUGGAUAUUGAUCACUUCGGCGAAUAUUUUGGCGUACGUGGUAUGUACCUGGAGGGACGAUCGCAUCCAGUUCGGGUAAUGCACAUUGUAACACCACAACCGGAUUAUCUGCAUGCAGCUCUAGUAACAUUAUUUGAUAUACACCGCACAACUCCAGUAAACUAUGAUGUUCUAAUAUUCCUGACAGGUCAGGAGGAAAUUGAAGCAAUGGCUCAUCAAAUACGUCAAAUAGCAAAGUCCAAUCUCGACACUCUUUUUGGAGUGCGGGUUUUUCCUCUGUAUUCUCAAUUGCCUCAAAACAAGCAGUUGGAAUGCUUUCUGCCUGCUCCUGCUAAUGCUCGUAAGAUUGUUUUGGCAACAAAUAUAGCUGAAACUUCGGUUACAAUGCCUGGAAUUCGAUGUGUAAUUGAUGCUGGUUAUGUGAAACGACGAAUAUAUACACCUAGUACAGGUUUGGAUGUUUUACGCGCAGUGCGCAUAUCGCAAGCUCAAGCAUGGCAACGAUGUGGACGUGCAGGGCGCGAUGCUCCUGGUGUUUGUUAUCGCACUUACACGCAACAGGAAAUGAAUGCUUUCGAAAAGAUGCCUAAACCUGAAAUUUUACGCAGCAACAUAUGUUCUACAGUUCUCCAAUUACUUGCCCUUGGCGUGAAUUGCCGCAGUUUCGACUUUCUUGAUCGUCCUUCUCCGGAAGCAAUUGAAGUAGCCUAUCGUAAACUAGAAUCUUUAGGCGCUAUACGAAACACUUCCAAUACACCCCAACUUACACCACUUGGUCGACAAAUGGCCCAAUUUCCUUUAGAUCCGCAAUAUAGUAAGUUAUUACUUGCCGCACCACAGUUCGGUUGCAUGGAGGAAAUGCUCCAUUUAGUAGCAGUGCUUUCAGGAGAAAAUGUUUUCGUUACGAGUAAUGAGAAACGGGAACAAGCCGCUCUUGCUCAUGCAAAAUUUCACUCGAAACAUGGCGACCACCUUACUUUGCUCAAUGUAUUUAGUGCUUUUCAGAAAAUUGAUAAGGUCAAGCUGUGGUGUCGUGACAAUUUUCUUAAUACUCGGAAUCUCCUUUAUGCCCGCGAGGUGCGCCAGCAACUGUUGGAAAUUAUUGAACGUUUGCAACUGCAAAUCAAUAGUUGCGGUGAAAAUCACGAUCAAGUACGUAAAUGCUUGCUGAUGGGUUUAUUUGAUAAUAUUGCUGAACUGCAACGUGAUCACUUUUACUUGACCAUCACAGGUCGACAACGUGCCAAAAUUCAUCCUUCUAGCGUAUUUCAUGGAAAAUAUCGCCCCGAAUAUAUUAUUUACACAGAAAUCGUUUUGACAGAACGCAAUUUUCUACGUCAAGUAACCGAAAUCUCACCAGAAUGGGUGGCGGAAGUUGUGCCCAAUUUUGUUCAUUUAAGUCGUAUAAAGAAUAAAUGUUAACGGUGUAUAUUUUAUCUAAUCUAGUCCAUUAUCAUCAUUAUUCAUUAUUCAAUUGGCGUUAGGGUUUAUUAAAAAUGUAUUAUAUUUAUGUACAGCGAAGAUGAAAGUUUUUUCAACUAGGAGACAUUUUAUUUAUUCUAUUAUCAAUUGUAUCAGAAAUUUACUUCGUUUAACGUCCCAAUCAGGAUAUUCGCUGCUAUAGUCUGGUGGCGACACAUCUUGCGUCUUAAUCUAAAAUGAAGACAAAAAAUUAUAUAACUAAGUUAAAAAUGACAAUCAGUAAAGAUAUAUAUAAACUUACCAUUAUAAAACAGCGAAUAUUGCGACGAGCGGUAGAACUGACGCGCGAAGAGGACGCAGCAUAUCUUAUUAGAAGGAUGUUAUGUUAAUAUGUCAAUAUCCUUGCUCUCCCUGAAGUUUUUUCCUAUUAGGAGCAUGAACAACACGAACCCGAAUAAAUUAUUUGAAAUUGCUAGAAACGAAGGAGACACCAAAAAGAUUUCUAGAAAAAGUAUGGGAAUCUCAGCUGGGUCUUCUUCUCAAUACCUUAAAUAUUGUAAAGAAGGGAAAUAAAUUUACUUACCGUCAAUAAAUGUAACCUUACAACUUUGUUAAAGUUUUCUAAAAGAAAACUUAAAAUUUAGAACUAUCAUUUAAAUGUUGCCGAUUU